CAGAGUCAUAGAGAUCUGAGGCACACAUUUUCAAAAUGUCUGCCAGUGUUUCUUUUCUCAUAAACAGAAAUGGAUUCCCUAUUGAUUCAAAUGUUUGGAAAUCGAUGUUCGAUUUUUGUCUUAAACAAAAUGUCGAUAGUAAAGAGCAGAUCACUGAUCUAUAUGAAUCUUUUCAAGAUCAUGUUACGUCAAAAAUGCCUCUACCUGCAUUUACUAUGGAUAAAAAUGAAACCCCGGGAAAGUUUCUGAAUGAAGUACAAGCUUACCUCAAUAAACUUGGAUACAAUUAUACUGGGAUGCAAUUCUUCCAAAUAAAUCGUGGUGCACCGAUUGUUAGACUUGAAGAGGUCGUCAAAAUAAUGAUGCUAGCUUCACUCCCAAUAAAAUGUUUAGAAGCGACCAUAUUAGCUAUCUUUCUUACACAAGGUCAAGAAUAUUUCAAACGAUUUACGAUAUCUUUUGUUUCUGAAUUCGACAACCAUGUAUUUAGACAUGCUGUGCUUGGAAUAUACUCAUCCAAUGGUCUAUUUGGUGCAUUAGGUUUGAGUAGACGAGAAAAUCUGAUGUAUAAACCACUCAAAUAUCCGAGUCUUUUUUCAUUAAUAAAUGAUUAUAGUGAAGCAUACAACAGUCAUCAUCAUAAAUUAUUAAGAGUGAAAGUUGGUCUGCCUAUUUCACAUCGACCGAAUAUGCUGGAAAAAAUCCCUUGGAGGGGUAUCGUUAUUCCAUUUAACAAAGGAUAUUCUAAGAAAGAUAUCAAAAGUAUUCUGGAUCAAUAUUCUCGAUUUCUAAAGCGUGAAUCGAUGCUAGUUAGACAAACACUGAAAAACAGAAGCCUCAGCUGUUGCUUUCUAAUAUGAAACUCCGAAGCUGCAUUUACCCAUGAUGCCUAUAAGAGUCAAACCAAAGACCUUCAAGUCUUACAGUGAGCGUUUAAUCGUUAGAGCACUUGACCAUCAUCCAUCCAUUAGUGCACAUACUCAACUUCAAUCACCUCCCGACACUGAAACACCAUCAUCCAAUGUCACUGGUGCGCUACCUUACACAUCAGAACUGGUUGAACUCUAGUCGUGACGCGAGUCAUGAAAUUCAACAAUUGCCGCACAGUAAUGACUCAUUACGGGGUUCAACUGAUGUGAAUAUUAGAAAGAUUCUGCCAAAUAUAUCACCAGAUUCAUUUAAAACAACGAAAAGACAGCCGAAUCCUUCCUAUGGAAAAGCUGCACGUUUAAGUAUGGUUCAAACUAAGUCAGAGAAUAAUCGGGUGACAUCCUUGUUAUCGAAUUCCAAUACCUGGAGAAGUGUUGCAAAUUUACCAGUUAACAAUUCGAAAUUCGAGAGAAAUCGACUGUCAAUGAACUCGUAUCAACUACGAAUUUGACAAUUGAUUUUUGUUGUUAACACAGAUUUUAAAUUAUUUAUUCGUAUGUAUAAUAAAAGUUAUGAUAUAUGUAUAGACUGG